AUGUCUACCCCCACGCUCGACGCUUGCGCGUCCAUCGCGGUGACCGGUGUCGUGCUAUUUUCCUACACACCCACCCCAACGUGGCCAAUGUCUAUCAACAGAGGCACCUCCAUCCCCAUGUCCGUGUCCAUGGUGGGGGACACAGACCUCGCUUCGUCGCACCUCGAGUGUCCUUACGCACCUACGUUCAUACAAGGCAUGCAUGCAAUUAAAUGGCUUCGCGGUAUUGGCCUGCCCCCUCAACCAACGUCCGUGCAACGCUUGGUGGUGGUGACUUCGGCCCAUCAAGCUUCCCGCCCGACCCUUACGACAGACUAG